UUUAUUUUUCACUACCUUAAUUUUGCGGUUCCAGAUCCAGAUUUAUUCCUUUCAAAAUGGUCAACUGGGGCAGACAUUUUAUGACAGGCCGAACUGUACACACAUUCCAAUGGGUGCAUUAGCGGCAAAAGGUUGGUUGUUUUCGUAGGCGUUUUACGACAAGAUUAAUGUAUGCGGAGCCGCCUAACUAGCUCUUCCCAAAAAUCUGUUGCGGAAGGGGGGUAGUUGUUUACAAAGUCAAGGUUUGUAACAUCAUCUUAAGUUUUAGAAAGCAGAUUCGGUACCUAUAUUUCAGGGCUUGAAAUAGUAGAGCAAGUAACGAGGCUAAUUAACGCUGCAGUUGUUAUUAUGAAUUCAUACGACUGUCUUGCCUACAAUGGGCAUUGAGAAAGUUCAAGUGGUGUUGCAACGACAGAAACAAAACUUUAUGAAUUUAACAUUGGUGGAUUGCAUACAAAAGCUGCAAUUAUUGCUGAUUAUACCUUGGGAAUUGAUCUAGAAGAAACUUUACCAUGACUUCAGCAGCAGAUAUUGAAAUUUGGCAUGCUGCAACACAAGCUUAUGAAAAUGGGCAACUACAAGAGGCAGUUUCACAGUUUUCUUCCAUGUCAACAAUCUCAUCAAAAAUAUAUUUCAACAUUGGGAUUGUUUAUUUAACACAGCAAAAAAACAAGGAUGCUCUGGAGAAUUUUGAAGAGGCAGUUAAGAAAGAUGCCCAUUUUGCAGUUGGCUAUUAUAUGAGUGGAAUAUGUAACUGCAAGGAAUCUAGGUAUCCUGUUGCAAUUGAACAGUUUCAGCAAGCUUUGAAAUGUAUGCGUGGUAACAAAGUUGUUGAUUACAAACAGCUUGGAUUGAAGUAUCAACUCUAUGAGUGCGAGGUGCUCAUGAAUCAUGCUUUUGCGUAUUCAAAGCAAGGUGAAGUUGAAAAGGCUCGUGACGCGCUCACGAUGGCAAUCAAAGUCAAAGUUGAGAAGAAGCACGAAAGUGCAAGCGAAGCAUUACAGCUUCUUCAGGCAGGAAAACAAUUGGAACUCAUCCUGCCACCGAGUAAUGCAAUUUUUCGCCCAUCUGCUCAGGCGGUGAAGAACCUAAAAAAGAAGGACUAUUUAGGCCAAGCUAAGGUUUUGUAUACAGCAGACCCUACUGAUAACACUCCUGGGUUUUCUGGUCUGAAAUUGGUCCAAGAAGAACGACAGAAAUUAAUGUCUGAUAUUUGUCAGCCUAAUCGAAAGAAAACUUUAAGGCGAGUAUCUGCACCAGCCGGGCCAAACGCUGAAAUCCUGUCGGCUGGAAAAGUUCUUGAAAAUAGGCCCCCACAGAAAGCUUUGCCUCCUGCUCCCCAACUACAGGAACGCCAAAGAAAGCAAACAUGGGCCGGGGUGAUGGAGAAACCUAUGCCAAUGCCACAGCUUCCUGAAGCACCAAAGCGACCGCCACCGAGUUCUCCUUCAAUCCCAAAACGCCCUGAGGGUUCUUCGUGGAACGGACAAAAGUCCAAAAAUUCCGCUUUUAUGGAAAAUGGUAUAAGUCAGCCACCACGAUUUCAAGCACCGAAGAAACCAUUGCCAACUGGGCCAUUCCAAUCUAAAAACGAAUAUAAUAAUAAUGAGGAAACAUGCCCGGUGAGCCUAGAAGUACAGUUCAGUUUUUCUGUUAAACUACAAUGCAGCGAGGCGACAACGAUGAAUGAACUAAAAGAACUGAUACUGAAGCAAUCAGUCCCGGAGAAGCUGGAUCUUUUCUACGUCGACAGUUUGGGAAAACAGAAGAAACUUUCACAGGCUUCUUUCAAUCACAUUGUCCAAGGCACCAUCGAUAAUGCAAAAAUAAUCUGUUUUGAAGCUACACCAUAAGAGCUGAUAGCAGAAGCAUUUCCUGGUAGGACAUUCAUAGUUUAGAAUUACUGUAAAUUUAUAUAUCCAAGGUACCAUAUUUGAGAAAAUAAAAUAUUUUUAGAUGAGUUGACAGAUAGCUUUAACUUAGAAGCUUUUAUUAUGUAUAAAUUAGAAGCGCUGUUUUUGUUUUCUGGGCACUGAACUAUUAAGCAAUGCAGUGUAAAAUUUGCCAGAUAUUGCUUUUAUGUGAGUAUCAAAUAUGUUUUCCUGUACAGCAGUAAUAUGAGAAUUGUGUUUUUGUAGAGAUUGUGUUAGUCAUUAAUAUGUAAUGAUUGAUAAAAAUCAUGAUAUAGUUUGUUAAAGGUGAUGAUGGUUAUGUUAGAAGAUAUAUAUAUUUUGAUAUAUAUAUUUUGAUUUAUAUUGGACUUUUAAUA